UACUCCCAAAUGAAUAUGUUGGUGACGCAAUUACUGGGAUGUGCGAUAUUCCACUGGAUAGACCGGAAGCUAAGCUAACUGGUUCGUUGUGCUUGAGCCAAUGUAAAUAGUCGAAGAAACGAUUGCGACUUGCGGGAAAGCCUCAGUGUUCACUCGUCUUUUCACCAAAGCAGCUAGUGCAUUAGCUUAUUUGAUGGAAAAAGUGAAAAAAAUGUAAAAUAUCCAAGAAACUAUAAAUUGUGAAAACAUAAGCAAUAUUUUGAUAUAUGAAUUUAUUUUUAAUAAACAAAUCUCGUUUGUCUGUUGUUGGGAAAUAUUAUUUGACGGGUUCGAAACGUCAGUACAGGAGGGACCGCGGCAUUUUACUGUUGACAUUAUCAUCGCGAUUAUUAUUAUCGGCUUGGAAACAUCGCACUCAAGAUAACCUGGCAGUCGUGGCGAGAACAGGCCUGUGGUGAUACUUGUUUCUCAAAUUCUUUCAAUUCAGUGCACGUAUGCUCGGCACAUUUAUCUUUGAAUCUUUUAGCUCCUCUAAACUCCAAUGAAGUGUCAAUCUAGUGAUAUUAAUGAUAAAGUUCUAGAAAAUAAAAAUAUAUAAAUUUUACAAUAUGUCGUGCAAAAGAAAAAUUGAUUCGAAAAUUUGGCUUGAUUAUUGGACGACCAGCGAUGUAUCGACAGUUCGUGCUUUAUAUUUUUACUCUUGGAUCCAUAAAUCAAGAUUACAAACCACACUCAACUCCAUUUAACCCAAAAUCAGCUGACAACAUCAACUGACUUGAAAAGAAAUGUUAUAAAAUUAUUAUACUCCAUCAGCAUCAAUGUUACGUCUCUUUAAGAGCUUCCAUAAUUUUAUUUUUACCUUUACCACGAGGAAAAUAAACUUCACUUUAAACCAAAGAGAGAAAAAAGGUGAAAAAAUUCUAUUUUUUCUCUUGAGUGCCCUUUCUCUCUACCUCCGUGGAUCGUCUUCCCUUUCGUCCCCUCUUUGGACUCCAGAAAGGUUCUCAAGAGAGUGACCAGUUCAAUCUCGUCUGCCUCCGAGAUAACUUGAAAUAAAUACAGUCUAGACAAGGAUGAAGAAAAUCUUCAACUGUUUGAAAAAAUUUUAUUUUUAUUUGAGUCGUUCAAAACAGUGAUGUUAAAUAUAGUUAAAACGUUUAAAAAGAUGGAGAAUGAAGUAAGGUCGUUGAAACAGGAGUUAACAAGUACCCGCAAGGCUCUCAAGUCAGCGACAAAGCGUUGCCGAGAGCUGGUCCGAGAACUGGAUUCUCUGCACGCGUGCCACGAGUCUGAACGGAAUCUACAGGACCAGCAGCUCUCAAAAAUCCUUCGCGCUCUCCUAAUACUCGAGUCACGAUUGAGGCAAGAACAAAAAUCAAUUCGCCAGCAGUUAUGUGAAAAGGACAAUGUUAUUAGAAAUCAGCAAAUAGAAAUAGCUAGACUACGUCGGUAUACAAAAAAUUAUAUUAAAAAUACCAGAGAGAAAAACUCUCUUAAUAGUUUUUUAGAAAAAACCGAGGACAUUAGCGAAAAUCCUGAAAUUGAUGAUGAGGAUUCUAAUUUAAGGCUCGAUGAUGGAAGUGUUGCAAAAGAUAUUCAACAAUUAAAGAGAGAAAUAAUUACGAAAUUGAAUGGUGAGGAGAAAAGUAGAAGUAAAGAGUUUGGUGUAAAAAAAACAGACAGUUUCGCUGGUAGUGAUGUUUCUAAAGAAAGUAUUACAAGUGAGAAUAUUGAUGGAUCCAUUGUGACAACCACCACUGAUGGUAGUCCUUCGUUAGUGAGUACCGAGGGGUUUUGUGAAGGAGAAAGUUCCGACGUAUCGCCUGGAUCAACAUUGAAUAAAUCGAGCAGACGAACGACCUCUGAAAGUGAUACUGAAGCUACACAAACAAUCUUAGAUGAUUUAAAAGAUUGUGAGAUAGAAGAUGAUAAAUUUCCCCAGAGACGCAAUGGAGUUGUACGAUCCGAGCCCCUAGAGAUCUACGAGAAUCAAGUGACAAAGAUAUCUCGUAGCGAUAGUAAAGAUGAUGGAAUGGAUUGUAACUUCAUUUCUGAAGAUGAAGAACUCGAGCCAAUUUACGUGAAUUCUUAUAAAGAAAAUAAUGCUAAAAAUUUGAAAGAAUUGAAAAAUGAAAGAAUUAUGAAGAGACAGAAUUCAUUUAGUACUAAGGAUCAAAUAGGAAAAAUAGGGGAGGAAAAGCAUGCUGAAGAAACUAGUGGAAAUUGGUAUAGUGAUCCAGAUGAAGAUAGAAUAAGUGAUGAAACGAUUCAACACAAUGUAUAUCGUUCAAACAGCAAUCACAAUUCUGUGCUGGAAUGUGUGAAUCAGAUUCUUCUGAGAGACAUGGAGGAAGAGGAAAGCGUUUUAUCGGCUCCAAGGACAUUUAAACAUCGUGGAAGAAUUGUAAGAUUCCAACCAGCAAGAUUAUCUGAUAUAGAGUCAGUAGGAUCUGAGAUGGAAAGAAAGAAUUCUGAAGAAACAUCAAUGGAUAAAGAAGUGGAAGCUGGUGAGUUAGAUGACGCAAAACCAGAAGAUGAAUUUGGAGCGAGAAUUAUUAAUACUAAUGUUACCUUAAGAAUUCCACCAUCAAGUAUUGACUCAGAAUCAAGUCCAGAAGAAGAUAUUGGAGACUCUCAAUCAGCUCGAGCAAUUCCUAUUGUCAUCAUAGAACCCAAAGUUGAGGUAGAUACUAUAAGUGAGACAUCAACAUCUCCAAAUCUAUCAAUCAAAUCUAAAUCAUCAAACUGCACUCCAAGCCCUAUAUUAAGGCUAGAGAGAAUUGAAGAGAAAACUUGUUUGUCAAUGUCAUCAAAGGGACUGACAAUAGCCAAGAAUUUAGAUUAUGAAGAUAUUGAAUCGUUACCAGAGAUUAUGACAACACCUAAAACUCCUCCGGCUCUGCCUCCUAAACCACAAUUUCGUAAUAACACCUUGGUCUUGAAAAAAAUACCUAGUCCUUCAUUUUUUAUUGAUGAAACUCGUAAAAAACAUUCUUCUAAUAUCAAUAAUAAUACUCCAGGAUAUGUUAAAAGAAUUUUUGGUAUAUCUACACCGACGAAAUCAUCUGUUUCGUCAGUAAAAUCUUUAAUUUUUGAUGAUAAAGUAGUAAAAUCCUCUUUGAUCAAUAAUAAUUUUCAAGAAAAUAAAUUUAAAUCAUCAAUCAAAGAAAAAGAAGCACAUAAAGUAAGUAUUUUAAAAGAUACAUCUAAUAGUCCACGUGUAACAAACAUGGUACGUCAUUUUGAAGAAUUUAAAAUUGGUUGUGAAGCAGAUAACAUCAAGAGAAAAAUCAAGGAGCGUCAGCCAGUGGCAGAAAUGGAAGAAAUCGAUAUCAGGCAGGCGUUUGAGGAGUUCAAUUUAGAUGAGUGUGAUCUUUCUGAUGAUCCGGACCGACCCGAAGGCGAUGGAUCAGAUAGGCUUGGCAAUUCUCCAGCUUUCAAUAAGCAAGGAGAUUCCUACAGUAUUGCAAGCACUAAUAAUAAUAAUGUCAACUAUUCGGCUAUUAAUUCAAACGGAGUUUAUGAUAAUUUUCUUGAAGCUACUGGUCUCAGCAAUAAAUCGAUUUUAACACCCUCGAGGCUGAUCAGUAAUCAUAAGAGCGUGUUAAAACCCAAGGACAUCAAGUACAAGAAUAAAAUCAAAGCCGUUACUGAAAAACAGGGGGUUUCAACGGCGGGAAAUACACAUACAUAUGUUAGACAUUGGACAGGACCUUUCGUAUGAUGACUGAUAGCCUCGGUUUUUGGUAGCAAUGAACAAUUAACAGAAACAAGUCCUAGAAAAGUUGCUUCAAGUCACAGCUCACCACUCAAACGAAUUCGAGCUUGGCGAAAACUUCAAGGACAUAACCAUUGAGCCGUGAAAUCAAUAUUUUCCUUACACUGUUGAUCUCACGUUAAAAAAAUAUAAUUGACUGCCUUGGGGAGAUUUCAUGAAAGUCAUUCUUGUAACAGAAUUAUUUAUCUUGUCAUGUCAAUCAAUCGUUGAUGUUCCAAUUUUAGAUUAGAUUACAUUACCGACAAGUAUUGUAAAAUUUUAGAUCAUAACUCGUUAUUGAUGUUACACUUUUUUGAUAAAUAAAACGUUAUUUCUUAUAA